AUGGUUAAUGGCAUUCGGAGCACUACUCGGGCAUUCGGAGCGUUUCACGAUAAUAAGCUGCUGCUGCCGCCGGUCGUCUUCGUCGGCGUUCUUCCUUCAAUUUCGUCGGUUGGUGCUGCUGCUGCUGCUUCGUCGGACCUUGCUUCUGCUGCUGCCGCUGGUCUGCUUUCACCCAUUGCCGGUGCUACUGCUGCCGCCGUUCUUCUUUUCCGCCGUUCUGCUGCUACAGUCGUCGGCAUGCUGCUUCUUUGCCAGCGUGCUUCUUCUUCAUCGACGUCCUGCUUUGUCGGCGUGCUUCUUUGCCGCCGCCGUCUGCUGCUCUUCGUUCUCGGCCAUCGGGCUGCACAACGUCGGCGACAGCUUGGACAGCUCUUCAGCAGGGUUUCGACACUCUUUCUCAUGCACAACAGACCCAGCUUGUUAUGGAGCUCCAUAGCUUUGCAAAAAGGUGACUUAUCGGUCAUAGCUCUCCUCUCCAAAGCGAAGGGUAUCGCAGAUACACUGCAACUUGCCAGUCAUCGCAUAUCUCCAGCGGAGUUCAAUGCCAUCAUCUUUCACAAGCUUGGAGCCGAAUUCAAUGGUAUCAUCGGAGCUUUGCAGCAGCGAUCCGAACCCCCCUCCUAUCAAGAUCUCCUUAGACAGUUAGUUUCGUAUGAGGUGCUUCUUCACGCCCAACAACCGGUUCUUCAGCCCUCGGCCAUGCUUGUGCAGUCGCCACCUGCUCCUACGCCGCCUCAAUUCUCUCGUGCCGGUCGCUCGCAAUGCGGCGGCCGGCGCAACUAG